UACUAAAUUACUAUGAUUUUUGAAACUAUAGGCUUUCACAGGUUAAUUGCGAUUUACGUAUGUACUUAUUUCAGGAUAUGGUAGACGUUACAACAGCUUUGCCAUCUAACGGAGGGGCAUCGUUAAUUGGACGCACCAGAGGUGCUCUCAGAUCUGUGAGAACCGCUCUAGGAGGAAGCGGGGAAUACCUUCAGGGCCUAGGGAACAGAAUAGGAUCCGCUCUUAGCAGUAGCUUAGAAGAAAGCGAACUGACUACAACCCCUUCCACGCCAUCAUCAUCGCCACAAGCACCUGCACUACAGUCUAUCAAGCCAGAAGAGCAAUUAGGACGGCGGAAACUCAGGCUUCCAAGAUUUGGCUCGGGAUUAUCCUACGAGGAUUAUGAGGCAAUAGCGCGACACAAAUUGGAACGACAGGGAUGCGUCAACAUUUCCAGAACGCGAAAAUAUCCACCUGGGAUGACUUAUGAAGAGAUAGCAUCCUCCAGAUCAGUCUCAAGUAAGAAACAGGAAAAUCGAACUGAACAGGACGAUAUCAGUCCUGAUCGCUACAGCCAGGAAAGUAUAGAGCCCAUUCAAGAGCAGGACAUCAAAGCGACCGGACCCGAUCCUUAUGAGAAAUUGAAUUACAAAGCAGCGAGGGCGCCGACCCGCUAUCAGACGGUUGUUUUCCGUUUAGACAUGCCUUGCAGCAGUGAUUCUACGAGUGAUCAAGAUGGUUACGGACCCAGCACUAGUCUGGAUUCUAACAUGGAUGGUCGUAGAAUGUGGCAAAGAUCAGGUUCAUCGGGAUCUGUUCAAUCCUGGGCUUCGAGCUUAUCAGCUGAUAGUCAGUCGGAGGAAGCUGCCGCAGACUUUAUGAAAACUUUUGUACCUUUACUAUUUGAUGCGCCUAAUACUAUCGAUCAAGAACAAAAGGCUAAUUUUGGGCAGAUGGUUUUGACAGAAUCGGGAAGAAUAUGGUUCUCCAGAGUAGUGAACGCAAGAAGAGCACGUGCGUGUGUGACAGAAGCUUCAUUUUAUUCUUUGGCGCAGCAUUUUGCAGUUGCGCUUUUUGAAUGCCAUGAAGCGGAUGAUUUUGCCCCCGCUAAAAGUCUUAUGAAUAUGUGCUUCACUUUCUAUCAUGAAGUGGAAGUUCCUGGAUUAGAGCCUUACCGUGAAUAUUUGUACACACAUUUACGCGUUCAACCAAUAUGGACGUCUAUGAGAUUUUGGACAGCUGCUUUCUUUGACGCAGUACAAUGUGAGCGAGCGUCAAGACCGGUACCACCUCGACCAAAAUCUUUAGAUCAGGAAAGCAUUGCCGCCGAAGAUAGAAAGUUUCAAGCAAAUAUUGUCUUUGGACAAUUAGGGACUUUUACUUGCAACAUGCAUGCUUUCGGCCUGUCACGAGCUUUAUGUACAGAGUUCCUCCGAAAACAAUGUAUCAUAGCAAAUUUAACUAAAGAACAAGAAAAGAUGCUACGAGAUAACAUAGAUCGAAUGUUCGAUGAGACCGAGCCAUGGCGGUAG